AUGGCGUCUUAUCUGACAGAUUUGCCCUCGGUUGGGGAUUUCUUUCCUCCUACACCUCGAGCGGCCAAGUUGUCCCUCGACAUCUUCAGAUUAUACAUCCCUAUCUCCCUGGUGCUAUGGACACCUUUGAGAAAGCUACAGGCAAUGGGCAAAACCUCGUCCAAAUCUCGCCUAAGUCUUCCCGGUCGCUAUGCCUGGGCGGCGGCGGAACUGGUCGGGCCAAUUAAUCUGCUCUACAUCCUCUACAGCCUGCCAGCCAAAUUCAGACCUCAGCCACAUGCUGCGACGAGCUUCCUAGGCACAGGCUUGCCCGCUCAGAACGAGGUAUUGGCGUGCCUGUACCUCCUUCACUACGUCAACCGCGCCCUUGUCAGCCCGCUUUACCUGAACCCGAGCAUGUCGCCCAUCCAUCCGUUCGUUACCAUGUUCAUGAGUGUCUUUCAGUAUACGAACUCGACCAACAUUGCCUGCUGGCUGGUAUACUCGACACAGACUGCCAACACAGAGAGCCGCUCCAUCAUCUCUUUCAGUUCAGUCGUCGGAGUGGUGGUCUUUUCGCUGGGACUGGCAGGCAAUAUCCGGACAGAGAUGACACUGUAUGAUCUACGACGUGGAGCUGCCAAGAGGAAAGCGAAGUCGGAGGGGAAAGUGACGAUUAGCUACGACAAGGUGUACGUGAUUCCACCAGCUGAGGGAGCUUUCAAGUAUAUCUUGCACCCACAUUACGUCCUGGAGUGGCUUGAAUGGACGGGCUACUGGUUGCUUGGAGGUGUAUGGGGAUUGGGCUGGGGCGGUCAGAGUGCUGCCCUGUGGUUCGUGGUGUGCGAGGUCGUGACAAUGCUGCCUCGAGCAGUGACUGGCCGACAAUGGUAUGAAGACAGAUUUGGCAAGCGGGCUGUCGGAGGGCGAGCGGGAGCAAUCCCUGGACCGAUCAGGCUGUGA